AUCUCAGUCAGCACCGUCAGCUCUGACACCCCCAAUUCACGCUCCUUUUUGCCUUUUAGACACGUCGCCGACAAGCUUGCUACAACACUUGCUUUUGUGAGAAAAGGACCCCAAACCGCAACCUGUGAGGCCUGGAAACGGCCAAAAAGGACGCCAUGUCGACAACCCUGGGGGCAUUCAUCGCGGGAGGUAUCGCAGCAUGCGGAGCUGUCACCGUCACUCACGGCUUCGAAACGGUCAAGAUUCGACUACAGCUCCAGGGAGAGCUUCAAUCGAAAAAGGACGCGCCGCGCAUGUACAGAGGUGUCUUUCACGGAGUCGGGGUCAUCUAUAAAAAUGAAGGCCCAAGGGGACUGCUACGAGGGCUAAGUUGCGCCUAUAUCUACCAAAUGACCCUCAAUGGGUGUCGGUUAGGUUUCUAUGAGCCCAUUCGGACUCACCUCACAAAUAUUGUGUACAAGGAUUCAACCGUGCAAUCCCUCGGCAUCAACAUCUUCUCCGGCGCAUCAUCUGGCAUCCUCGGCGCCGCCGCUGGUUCCCCCUUCUUCCUGGUGAAGACGCGACUACAAUCAUUUUCUCCAUUCCUACCCGUGGGCACACAGCACCACUACAAGAACGCAUGGGACGGACUACGGCAGAUCUACACGAGCGAAGGGAUGAAAGGGCUGUACCGUGGUGUAGGACCCGCUAUGAUACGAACAGGUUUCGGCAGUUCGGUGCAGCUUCCAACAUACUUCUUCGCGAAGCGGCGGCUGGUGAGACAUCUAGGGAUGGAGGAGGGUGUACCGCUGCAUCUUGCCAGCAGCGCGGCCAGCGGUUUCGUGGUGUGCUGCGUCAUGCACCCCCCGGAUACGGUCAUGUCGCGGAUGUACAACCAGACAGGGAAUCUCUACAACAGCGCCUUUGACUGUUUAGUUCGGACAGUCAAGACAGAGGGGAUAUUAGCGGUCUACAAGGGCUACUUUGCGCAUCUUGCGCGGAUAUUACCACAUACAAUCCUCACCCUCAGCCUGGCGGAGCAGACGAACAAAUACAUGCGGAAAUUCGAGAACCGGUACGUUUUUAAGGACGUCAAGAGCAUAAUAUGA